GAGAGCUUCAGUCUCAAAGAUCAAUUGUUAAGGAAUUACUAGCUACCAAACGAGUGCAUAUUUCUAAUUGUUCAUGCAAAAUGUUGAAUUCACUUGUAUAUAAAUAAUAUAAUUAAAUAUUAUCUAUUUUUCUAAGCGAUUUCCUGUAAACACAGCUUGUCUUCCUGAACUGUUGAUCAAACAAGGUUGGGAAGGAUGGGUUACAAUGUUUCUUUUGUCCACCCUGCAGCUGAGUUUCAUUUAUUAUGUGGUUAUGGUGGUGUUUGUUUUCUUCUAUUUUCAAAGCUCACCAUUAACAACACUAGAGAUCUAAAACUCAUAGGCCUAGACUGCAUGCAGACACAAGUAGUGUGGAAUAAGCUCACCAUUAGCAACACCAGAGAUCUAAAACUCAUAGGCCUAGACUGCAUGCAGACACAAGUAGUGUGGAAUAAGCUCACCAUUAACAACACCAGAGAUCUAAAACUCAUAGACAUAGACUGCAUGCAGACACAAGAAGUGUGGGAUAAGCUCACCAUUAACAACACCAGAGAUCUAAAACUCAUAGGCCUAGACUGCAUGCAGACACAAGUAGUGUGGAAUAGGCUCACCAUUAACAACACCAGAGAUGAAAAACUCAUAGACAUAGACUGCAUGCAGACACAAGUAGUGUGGAAUAAGCUCACCAUUAACAACACCAGAGAUGAAAAACUCAUAGACAUAGGCUGCAUGCAGACACAAGUAGUGCGGAAUAGGCUCACUAUUAACAACACCGGAGAUUAAAACUCAUAGACAUAUACUGCAUGCAGGCAUAAGUAGUGUGGAAUAGGCUCACCAUUAACAACACCAGAGAUCUAAAACUCAUAGGCCUGGACUGCAUGCAGACACAAGAAGUAUGGAAUAGGUUCAUGGAAAUAUUUUCAGUGCUUAAAAAUAGCCUCCAGCGAGAGAUUGCCAUACAGAAACCAUAUUUAUUUUCAUAUAUAUUAAUUUAUUUUUCAAUUGAUUUAAAAACCCAGUUCAUAAAAAGAGAAUCUAGAACUUAGAGUUACAGACUAAAACACUGUUAGCCAUCAAUAUGUUACAGCUAUUUCAUUACAGUAUGUUUGGAAUGACAAAUUCUUUGAAGACAUUUAUUGUUCAUUUUUAAAGCUGCACUGUUAUAAUCACUGACAACCAAAACUUGGGCAUGGGGUGGGCAUUUUUUGUACAUGAUUCAAGACACCACAUUAUUUCAAACACUAACAUAUAGGAAGCCCAAUAAUAUUUAUCAAAAAAAUUUAGACAGAAUGUAAACAAUGUUGAUUGUGACAUUAUGAGGAGGUGAAUAAUGUUCAGUAUAUACCUACUUUAUAUCCCUUACUUUUCUAAUUCUCUUCUUCCCAAAUAAGCUUAAACUUGAAAAGAAGAUCUUUUACUUUGGCAAUUGUUAUGUUUUUUUUUUCUUUUUUGUAACUAUUUGGCUUCCAAAACACACCAAUCAUUGGGCCUCAAUCUUUUAUUAGUUAAUACAAUAAUUUUUUAUUCUUUAGUCUCAUUUUCAAUGGUUAUUUAAAACACUUGAUAUGAAAUGAAAAAGGUAUGUGUAAUAUAUUUCGUAUGUGGACAGGGAGAAAAAGAUCACAUGUAAAUAAUGUUUUUUUUUUUUUUUUUAAGUUCAUAUCCGGCUGAAGUGUGAUCUAACAAUUUUUUUGUGUAGUGAUAAAUGAAUUCUGAGAUUGUCAUUUACAUCAUUUAACAAAAAAAAUAUGAAAUGAAAAAGGUAUGUGUAAUAUAUUUCGUAUGUGGACAGGGAGAAAAAGAUCACAUGUAAAUAAUGUUUUUUUUUUUUUUUUAAAGUUCAUAUCCGGCUGAAGUGUGAUCUAACAAUUUUUUUGUGUAGUGAGAAAUGAAUUCUGAGAUUGUCAUGUACAUCAUUUAACAAAACAAACACAAUUCUAAGGCCCAACAUUUUGUUAUGAUCAAAAGUAUUUUUAUAUAAGUGAAUUGUGUAACCCAACAACUGUGCUGUGAUGUGGAAAUGAGAUCAACUAUUUGUAUUAUUGUCAUGUCUUUCAAGUCAAAGUGUGGGAAAAUAUAGUGUUGAAGAAUGUUCAAUAAUAAAGUUUUUAAAUAAUAUAUCAUGUUUUGUGUACUUUUG